AUGCGACGUCUGCACCUACACCAUGGCCUCGCUGCCAGAGACCUAUCUACCAAGUCUAUAAGAUCAGCAAGGCCAUGUCGUCGCUGCUUCUCUCGUUCCCGAACCGACCAUGACCUGACACCAUUCACACGCCGCAUCUUCAAGCUCCCCUCCGCACCAUCUCCACCAUCCCAACAACACGACGACCUAACCAGCUUCCUCUCCUACGCCGAGCGCAUAUCCCUACCGCAAACAAGUACCGUCUACGUAGGCACCCACUACGAAUACACCGUGCUCCAAAGUCUCCGCCACUACGCCCUAGCCCUCCACCGUAUCGGCGGCCGCGACGACGCCGGAAUCGACCUCGUCGGCACCUGGCACCUGCCAGAGCGGGAGCGGGAACGCGCCCUUCGCGUGCUGGUGCAAUGCAAGGCACUCAAGACGAAGCUCGGACCUAAUCUGGUCCGCGAGCUCGAGGGCGCAAUCCGCCAGGCGCCUGUCGGUUGGCGCACGGGCCAGACUGCAGGCGUGCUGGUGAGCCCGCGCGAGGCCACCAAGGGUGUGCGGGAUGCGCUGGCGCGGAGCUCAUACCCUCUUUUUUGGAUGAUGGUUGAGUUGGAUGGGACGCUGAAACAGGCGCUUUGGAAUGCCCGUGCUGAAGAGCUGGGACUGGGGCCUUUGGGGGUUGAGACCCGGUAUGGUGCUGGUGCGGUUGAUGCCGAGUCUGGGUCUGUGAGGAAGGAGGUCGCUUUGACUUGGGAUGGGGGUGAUAUCCCUGAUAUGGAUUUGGUGGAGCAGAGUUUACUCCGCCAUGAGGAUCAAUGGGUAAAAUCAUGGGGCGUAGACUGGUCAAAGGUCGACAAGGAAGCUCUCUUGGAUGUUGUCGAGAGGAUAUUCCCAGAUGGCCAGCCAGAACCACAGCCAGACGGGUCUUUAUCGGCUGUAGAUCAGUCAAAAGUCCUGGCUGCUUUACGAGAAAAAUAG